CGGCCAACAUCACUUCCUUGGUGUGGCUCUCUCUCUUCCUCUCAUACACUGAUUUCCCGGUGCCUAGUUUCUUUACUACUGUUCCGUUCUGAUUUCAGGCUUUUGAACUUAACCUGUUUAUGAUUUGGAGGAUUGCACUUUUGCAGCUGUUCCUGGCAAACUGGGGCUUCAGCAGAUCCCCACCAUUCAUUACAUCCGCAGGACAAGGCGAGUAAACAAGGUUGGUCAGAUCAAGCAAUGAUGGAUUCAUCAAAGCAGUCGUUGCUGAACAGUCAGAAGGACAUGUCAGAACAGGUUUAUGAGAAGAACCAGGAAUCGGACCCUCCUUUGCAUAAGACGUACAGGACUCUCUUUGAGAAACAACAAAUGGAGAACCAUGACGUCAUCGUCGAAGAGCACGAGCUGCCAUUGAUAGACCUUCAUAUACUGAAAGCGGGCAGACAAGAACGCGAAAAGUGCAUAAGAAACAUGGCAAAGGCUUCAUCGGAGUGGGGUUUCUUUCAGGUUGUGAAUCAUGGCAUCUCCACUGAUCUUUUAAAGAGGAUGAGUAAUGAACAGGCCAAAGUUUUUCGGCAACCAUUCGAAAAGAAGGCCAAGGAGAAGCUUCUGGAUUUCUCUUUAGAAACAUAUCGGUGGGGUGCACCAUCUGCCACCAAUCUGCAGCAACUAUCAUGGUCGGAAGCCUUCCAUAUUCCUCUGGCCAAAUGUUCAGACUCUAGCUAUUCAGAUAACACUCUAAGAAGAACCAUUAAUGAGUAUGCGGCAGCAGUGUCGGACCUAGCACAGCAAUUGGCUCAACUGUUGACAGAGAAUUUGGGAUUCAGAACAAGUUAUUUUGCACAGAAUUGUGGUCCAAGUUCAUGCUACCUGCGACUCAAUAGAUACCCUCCAUGUCCAGUGUCUUCUGAGGUCUGCGGGCUGAUAUCUCACACUGACAGUGACUUCCUCACAAUCUUGCACCAAGACCAAGUUGGGGGUCUGCAAUUGAAGAAAGAUGGAAAGUGGAUCACUGUUAAGCCCAAUCAGAAAGCCCUGAUAGUUAACAUUGGCGACCUUUUUCAGGCCUGGAGCAACGAUGCUUAUAAAAGCGUGGAGCAUAGAGUAAUGACUAACAGAAAAGUGGAGAGGUUCUCUGUGGCUUUCUUCCUUUGUCCCUCAUAUGAUACUAUCAUAGAAACCUGUAGAAGACCAGCUAUAUAUAGGAAGUUUACCUUUGAGGAGUUCAGACAGCAAGUGCAAGAAGAUGUUAGAAGCAUGGGUCACAAAAUUGGCCUUCCCAGAUUUCUUGUUUGAUAUUUCUUGCACUCCAUCGUGGUACUUAGUACCAAGACUCAAGGCAAAAGUUACUAAGGACUCUUCAUUUAGAGUUCAUAUUGAGCUUGAGAAACAUAACUUGCUUACCAAAUGAGGGGACUUAGUGUUUACAUUGCCACGAAAGUUGUUGCAUAAGUAAUGCAAAUGGCCCAAACUUGUGAAAUAUGUUUCAGAAAUAGUGUAUGUUACAAAGAGGAGAAAAGAAAAGAUGUUAGUGUACCGUUAUCUGGAUGUCAUGUAUUU